AUGGAUGAUAUAGGCGAUCAAGUGCAGCGCUAUGGCGAACCAGUGAUUAUCAUUUUGGGAACGACUGGCGCAAUAUUAAAUCAUAUCUUGUUCUGUUCUCGAAAACAACUUCGUUCAACCUCAUGCGCACUGUAUUUUCGAGCAAUGUCACUCAAUGAUCUUCUUGUUAUGUGGUAUGUUAUAUUUACUGAAUGGUUGAGUGACCAAUUCAAUAUUGCUCCAGCAAAUGAAUACAAUUGGUAUUGCAAACUCUCGAAGUAUUUAACAUACGUAUUCUACUCAUUGUCACCAUAUAUUCUUGUUUUGGUUUGUUUCGAUCGUUUAUGUACAAGUUCAAUCGAUGUUCGACUGAGAAGAAUUUCCACCAAACGUAUCGCAUUAUUUAUUAUCACUGCACUAGUCAUUGUUAUCUGCCUUUCGUAUUCACACACUCUCGUUUGGUUUAACCUUUAUAAUCUUGACUCCGAUCCGGUUUGUAUGACGCUCGAUGCUGUUUACAGCUACUUCCUAGCUGCGUUCUUGCUUUGGGCAUUUUGUUUUAUACCUCCGAUACUAAUGAUUGUGUUAUGUACUAUAACAUUCAUUUCCCUUCGACAGCAAAGAAAUCGAAUAAUGCCUGUGAAUCAAGCGCGUUCACGUCAACGUGAUAAUCAGUUGCUGAAAAUGCUUUUUAUCUAUGUCACAUGGGAUAUUAUUUGCGUUGUUCCGUUUUGCGUUACAUAUUUUAUUUAUAUACGGAAUGGUGACCGAACAUCAGCGGUAAUAAAUACUCUGCUGGAAAUCUUUGGAACAGUCAUUUAUUUGAUAUAUGCAUCAAGUUUCUAUGUUUAUACAUUGGGUACGCCUUUUUAUCGUCAUGAAUUGUGCAGUUUACUCAAGACGGUCUGGCGACGUUUACGACCAGAGAAUAAGCAUGAUUUACGUUUAAAGAUACGACGAGCGACAAACGAACCCGAAGAUUAG